CUCAUUUGAUUCCUGUGGUCCGUUAUCUCAAAACAUGUGUUGAUGAGGACCUAGGUUAUCUUCAAAAGGUGUUUGAAAGCCAAAACCCUAUUUAAUCAUGUCUAAUCAAGGGUAUCAGGUCCAGAUAAUUAACGAGGAGAAGGGCAAAGGUCUAGUGGCUCUUCGUUCCUACGAAGAAAAUGAGACAAUUUUUGAGGAAAAACCAGUGGUUUGUUGUCAAUUUGCCUGGAACGAAGACUUACGAUAUUUGGCGUGUGACAACUGUCUGGCACCUCUGGAGACAGCUGAGGAAAAUGCCAGAAGACUAAGUGGAAAAAAAGAUUUAGUUCUCCCAUAUCCUGAGUGCUGCGAGACAAAAACCCAAUCAGUUACUGAAUGUCCUGCCUGCGGAAUUAAAUAUUGCAGUGAAGGAUGUCUCCUCGAGGCCUCGCAAAAAUAUCACAAGAUCCUCUGUCUUCAAUCCAGAGAAAAAAACGAGAAUCAUCCACUGGUGCAGUUGAAGGAGACGUGGAAGCAGAUGCACUACCCUAGUGAGACUGCCACAAUAAUGCUCCUAGCCAGGAUGAUUGCCUUCGUCAAUCAGAGUGAGGACAAAGCCAGUGCCCUCUCGAUUUUCAAUCAAUUUUGUCACAGAACUGUCAAUGAAGACCAGAAAAUAGCCCAUAAUCUCUUGGGAGAGCAGUUCGUGGGGCAGAUUGAUGUCCUCAGGGAGAUGAUGGACAAUGCUUUGAACAAGGAGAAUGUCCCAUACUGGUUCACACCAGACGGUUUUAGAAGUCUUCUGGCUCUAGUGGGAACCAACGGCCAGGGGAUAGGAACGAGUGCAUUCAGUCGAUGGGCGAAAAACGUUUCAGCUCUAGAAUUGCCCCAGGACAGCAGAAUGCAGGUGAACAUGCUGAUUGGCAGGAUUUACGAUGACAUGGAGAAAGUCGUUGGACCUUUCUGGAAUAAUGAAGGCUCUGGACUCUACAGUCUUCAAUCCUCGAUGAACCACAGCUGCUUGCCAAAUGCAAUCGUCGAGUUUCCCUUCUCCAACAGCACCCUCGUCGUCAAAGCCCUCCGGGGUAUUCAACCAGGGGAGGAAAUUUGUAUUGCAUACCUAGACAACUGCGAACUCGUGCGCACUAGAGUGUCCAGACAGGAAGUGCUCAGAUCUCUUUACUUGUUCUCGUGUCGUUGUGAUAGGUGUCUGGAGCAAGCUGAUGACUAUGAUGUCUCGUCUGAAGACGAUAUGUGCGACGAGGGGUCCGAUGGUGAGUGAGGGGACAGGAGAGCUGGGGCAAAAUCGAUUCUUUUGGAGGUUUUUUAUUGGUGCAGGGUUAUUUUUUAUCGCUCGUUUGUCCACCCGCUGUGCAAA